AUGAAAAACAUUGCCUGGAUGACUAAUCACUCUGGGAAGUCUGAUUUCAUCCUGGUGGGAAUCUUCAGUCAAUCAAUUCAUCCAAUUCUACUGUGUAUGGUGAUUUUUAUCAUUUUUCUGCUGGCUUUGAUUGGAAACAUUGUGCUGAUUUUUCUGAUUCAUUCUGAUACCCACCUCCACACCCCCAUGUACUUUUUCAUCAGCCAGUUGUCCCUCAUGGAUGUAAUGUAUAUUUCUGUUACUGUGCCCAAGAUGCUUAUAGAUCAGAUCAUGGGCAUGAAUAAGAUUUCAGUCCCUGAAUGUGCAAUGCAAAUGUUUCUCUACGUAACACUGGCAGGUUCAGAGUUUUUCUUUUUGGGUGCCAUGGCCUAUGACCGCUAUGUGGCCAUUUGCCAUCCUCUUCAUUACUCUGUCCUCAUGAGCCACAGAGUGUGUCUCCUCCUGGCCUCAGGUUGUUGGUUUCUAGGAUCAGUGGAUGGAUUCAUGCUGACAUCCAUUACCAUGACCUUCCCCUUCUGCAGAUCUAGGGAGAUCCAUCAUUUCUUCUGUGAAGUCCCUGCUGUAAUGAAGCUCUCCUGCUCAGACACUUCCCUCUACGAGACUCUCAUGUACCUAUGUUGUGUCCUCAUGCUCCUCAUUCCUGUGACAAUCAUUUCAAGCUCUUAUUUUUUUAUUCUCCUCACCAUCCACAGAAUAAACUCAGUAGAGGGCCAAAAGAAGGCAUUUGCCACUUGUUCUUCCCAUAUGACUGUGGUAAUCCUGUUUUAUGGUGCUGCUGUUUAUACCUACAUGCUCCCCAACUCCUACCACACCCCUGAGAACGACAUGGUGGUAUCUGUCUUUUACACCAUACUCACACCUGUGCUAAACCCUUUAAUCUAUAGUCUUAGGAACAAAGAUGUCAUGGGGGCUCUGAAAAAAAUUUUGAAUAUGAGACCUGUUAAUCAAGAAAAUAUAAAGUAG